AUGAAGCAACGAGCACACAUGGAUGGAGAUGUGAUCAUUGCUGGGUUUUUCCCUCUCUAUGCUUUGGCAACAUAUCCCAGUAACAAUGAUGCUUCUGCACAUGAAGAGUACAAGCUGUGUAUCUUCAAGAACUACCAGUUUGUUUUGGCCUUGAUUUUUGCUAUUGAAGAGAUCAACAAAACCCAUGAUCUUUUACAAAACUUGACUCUGGGAUUUGAUAUCUGUAAUGUUCAAUUUGGAAUUUCAGAAACAUUUAAAAAUCCCUUCAUUUGCCUUUUUGGGAAGAUUCCUAACUAUUCCUGUAUGAGCAAUAGCAAGUCUAUAGCAGUACUGACAGGACCAUCAGGAUUAACAUCUGCCCAGAUAGGUACAUUGCUGGACCUCUACAUGUUUCCACAGCUCACCUUUGGACCUUUUGAUCAUGCACUCAGUGACCAUAACAAGUUUCCUGCUCUCUAUCAGAUGGCCUCAAAGGACACAUCGAUAGCCACUGCCAUGGUCUCCUUACUGCUUCAUUUCAGCUGGAACUGGGUGGGACUGUUAACAUUACAAGAUGACAGUGGUUUGUGGAUUCUUCAUGAAUUGAAAGAAGAGAUGGCCAAGAACAGAGUUUGUGUAGCCUUUGAGCUAGCAAUCCCAAACUAUAGCCUGUCAUUAAAAGUCAUGGCACUUUAUAACCAGAUUAACAAAUCUUCAGCAAAUGUCCUCAUCAUAUAUGGUGAUAAUGAAUCCUUACUAGAUUUAAUGAUAUGUAUUGAGCAGUAUUUAAUAAAAGGAAAAGUUUGUAUCAUGAACUCACAGUGGGAUUUAACCACAAAGAGGACAUAUUUCAUGCUAGGUUCAUCCCAUGUACCAUUAAUUUUUUCACACCAUCAUCCAGAUGUUUCUGGAUUCACAGAUUUUCUCAAGGCAGUUAACCCUUCCAAACACCCAGAAGACUUUUUCCUUGCUAGGCUUUGGUUUCUCUCUUUUAAUUGCUCAGAUUCUGAGUCUGACUGUAUAACAUGGGAGAAUUGUCCUGAUGAUGCCUCCUUGGAUUGGUUGCCUGGGCAUAUUUUUGACAUGACUAUGUCUGGACACAGUUACAAUAUAUAUAAUGCUGUGUAUGCUGUGGCCCAGGCUCUCCAUGAAAUACUUCUUCAUCAAACAGAAGCACAAACAAUGGGAAAUGGAAAACAAACAAUGUCUUCCCCUGUAGAGCUGCACCCUUUUCUGAAGAACAUCCAGUUUCAAAAUCCUGCUGGAGAUCAGGUGAUUUUAGAUGACAAAAGAAAAUUGGAGGCACAGUAUGACAUUUUGAACAUUUGGACUUUUCCAGAAGGUCUUGAUCUUGAGGUGCAAAUAGGAAAGUUUUCUCCAUAUGCUCCACAUGGUCAUCAACUGUCUUUAUCUGAAAAUAUGGUAGAGUGGGCCAUAGAAACUACAGAGCCGGCUCACUCUGUCUGCAGUGAGAGUUGUGGUCCUGGAUUCAGAAAAUCCCCUCAAGAGGAAAAGACUGUCUGUUGUUUUGAUUGUACCCCUUGCUCAGAGAAUGAGAUUGCUAAUGAUACAGAUAUGGAGCAGUGUCUAAAGUGUCCAGAUCAUCAGUACUCUAACACAGAGAGAAACCAGUGCCUCCCAAGAGCUGCAAAUUUUCUGGAUUAUGGAGAGCCAUUAGGGAUGGCCUUGGUCUUCAUGGCUCUUUCCUUAUCUACACUCACAGCAGUUGUUCUUGGGGUCUUUGUGAAACAUCACAACACCCCCAUUGUCAAGGCUAAUAACCAGGCUCUCAGCUACAUUCUGCUCAUCUCCCUCAUCUUCUGUUUUCUCUGUUCUUUGCUCUUUAUUGGCCCUCCCAACACAGUCACCUGCUUUCUACAGCAAACCACAUUUGGAGUUGUGUUCACUGUAGCUCUUUCCACUAUCUUGGCCAAAACUGUAACUGUGGUUUUGGCCUUCAAGGCCACUUCUCCAGGGAGAAGGAUGAGGUGGCUGCUGCUAUCAGGGGUUCCCAACUUCAUCAUUCCCAUCUGUACCCUGAUCCAGGUCACUUUGUGUGGACUCUGGCUGGGAACCUCUCCUCCCUUCAUUGACACAGAUGCACACUCUGAACAUGGUCACCUCAUCAUCCUGUGUAACAAGGGCUCCCUCACUGCUUUCUACUGUGUUUUGGGAUACCUGGGUUCCCUGGCUCUGGCCAGCUUCACUGUGGCUUUCCUGGCCAGGAACCUGCCUGACACCUUCAAUGAAGCCAAGUUCUUGACUUUCAGCAUGCUGGUGUUCUGCAGUGUCUGGCUCACUUUUCUGCCUGUCUACCACAGCAGUAAGGGGAAAGUCAUGGUGGCUGUAGAGGUCUUCUCAAUCUUGGCCUCCAGUACAGGUCUCUUGGUCUGCAUUUUUGCCCCCAAGUGCUACAUCAUCUUGAUAAGGCCAGAUAGAAAUCUUCUGCAUGGAUUCCAGGACAAAACAUGGACUUCAAGAAAUAAGCCCUCUUAA